AUGUGUCUGGUAUGUACCCAAGAUUUAGAUAUACUUGUGAUAAUGUGCGAAGUUACCCAAGGUGCAGUUACACGUGUCACAAUUUUUGAUAACCCAGGCUCACCUAAUGCAGAGCACAGUCGCAAAAUAUCCUGCAAAUGUGCCAAUUUUCUCUUGUUUCGGGGCGCCAAUUACAAGGCAUUAGGCGAGCAAGAACUUGACAAAACCUGGAGAGUUGACUAUAGGUGCCUCCAUCUCCGUGGCAGAAACAGUUGCUUUGGCUGGUCACUCGGCCUAGAAGGUGCCGGGAAGAAGACCGUUCUCGAUCAACUUCAGCUUGGAAGUGUUACGGUAAAGACACUUGCUUCGGGUUUGCACGUCAGGACUUUAAAAUUCAAGAACAUCGUCUUCACUGCCUGGGAUCUUGGCGGAAUGAACGUGCAUGUACUCCGCAGAGAAUACCUGAGGAAGCCUUCAGCCAUCAUUUACGUCGUGGACAGCACUGACGAAGGGCUGCUCGAGGUCGCCCAGGAGGAACUGCAGGGGGUGCUGCGGAACACCGGCGUCGUAGGAAUCCCUCUCCUGGUCAUGGCCAACAAGCAGGAUUUACCCGAGGCUCUCCCUACAUCCCGUGUAAGCGAGGUCCUCAACUUGGCACAUUACGUCGGUCCCUGGCACUUGCAACCCACCUGUGCCACGACAUCCGACGGGUUGUACGAAUCCUGUCACUAUCUGUUCUUAAUGAUAACCCUCCUUCAGAAGUCGAGUUGACAAUAUCCACGGGCUUAUUAGACGAACAACCUUCUUGCUAAACAUUCAUGGGAUUGUAUAAUUGAGGUUAUCAUGUAUAUUACUCAUCUCACUGCCUUUAUUCAUUUCCAUUUUCAUUCACAUAAUGGUUUAAUUAAUUUUAAGAAGAUUUCACGGAAACCUGUACUAGGUUUUUGUACCUUUUAAUAAACGAGA